UUGUCAAAACAAAUAACAUAACCUUUCGUAUCUGAUAAAAUAAUAUGUUUUUUCUAUCAAAUUUUUUAUGAAAUUGUUGCGUGAAGUCAACCUUGUACAUUUAAUGAUUAAAGUGCGCAAUAACAAUCAACAGGGGUUACCCAAUUUAUUAUUUAUGACGUUUAUAUUAGUGAUGGAUCUACACCACAACACCUUCGCUCUUCUAAAUUGUUCACAGUGCAAUUCCUAAAUGUUUCUUAGACAUUGUUUGGGGAAAAUAUACCGACACUCAAAAAUGAUAUCGGCAAAUGCACUCAAUCCUGUUGUCAAAGAUAUUUCUUCAGAAUAUGAGGCCGCAAUAAAGGCUCUUAAUGGAUUACAAACCAAUGCCCAGUACUUGAAAGCCAAAGGAAAUAGAUAUUUAUCACCUGAAGAGCAGUAUGUUAAAUCAAUACUGAAAACACAGAACUAUCUGAUAAAGUCUGGAGUAACCUUGGAUGUGCUCGAUACUCUCCCAGUAAUUCAUGUUACAGGAACAAAGGGAAAAGGCACAACAUGUGCUUUAACUGAAUCAAUUCUACGUCAGCACGGUUAUAAGACAGGCUUUUACUCUUCCCCGCAUCUAAUUGAGGUGAGGGAGCGAAUACGUAUCAAUGGAGUGCCUAUUUCAAAAACUAAUUUUGUUAACAAUUUUUGGGAUCUGUACAAUACUCUACAUUUAAAAAAAACUUAUUCUGGUGAUAUGCCGAUAUAUUUUCAAUUUCUAACUCUUUUGGCUUUUAGAGUGUUUCUUACAGAAAAGGUGGACGUCGCUAUUAUAGAAGUUGGAAUUGGUGGCGAAUACGACUCCACUAACAUUUUACGAAAAGUGCCUUUAGUUGGUAUUACAUCAAUUGGAUUAGACCAUAUGUCAUUACUGGGAAAUACUUUAGAACAAAUUGCUUGGCAAAAGUCGGGAAUAAUGAAACCUUCAGCGCUUGCAUUUACAGUCCCUCAGGAGGCUCCCGUUCUUAAAAUUUUGAAGGACCGCAGCAUAGAAAAAAAUUGUUCGUUGACUGUAGUGAAGCCAGAGGUAGAUGUCCGCCAUGAUAACCAGCCUUCCGACAUUUAUAAACUUAACGCGAAUCUUGCGUUAUCACUAUGUGAUCGCUGGGUGCGUUUAACAAAAGGCGAUUGCUACAAAGACAUUAAUGAUUUUGUACGUUCAGAAUUAACACAGACGGGCUUAAAAACUCUCAAAUGGCCAGGCAGAUUUCAAGUGCUGCAAAAGAGCAACAACAUGUUUUAUAUAGAUGGCGCUCACACGCCAGAGAGUAUUCAUGCAUGCUCAGUCUGGUUCUCCCAACUAACUCAAUCUUCAUCACGAGCCAAGGUGCUAAUCUUUAAUGCAACUGGUGAUCGAAACUCGAAAGACUUAUUGUCACAGCUUCACAAGUGUUCAUUUAACAAAGUUUUCUUUGUGCCCAAUAAAGCAAUACCAGUACCAAGAGAAGAUGAGAAAAACUUUAAUAUAAUGGAGGAUCAACAAACUGCACGUUGCCACCAUCACAGUGUGAUAUGGCACGAGUUGGAUCAAGAAACAGAUAAUGGAAAUAUAACAAAGAAACAAACGGUGAAAGUUUUCUCUUCUGUAACUGAUGUUUUAAAGGAAUGCGCUGUAGAAGAGCAUGAUGUUUUAGUUACGGGAUCACUACAUUUGAUAGGGGCAGUUUUAAGUGUAAUUAAUCCAAAUUUAUAUACUGAUAAUUGUGAUAGUUAAUUGAAAAUAAAUGUAGAUCUGGUUUUGUA